UGCGGAGCCAAUAGGCGGCUGCAGAGUCCCCGAGGCCGCGAGCUGGGAGCGCGGAGCCAGGAGCCGGGAGCCGGGAGCUGAGCGAGCCGGGCUGGGGCCGGGCAGGAGCGGAGCGGAGCGGAGAGGGAGCGCGCCCGCCCCAGCCCCGAGUCCCGCCGCCUUCCCCGCCGCAGCGCGGGCCAGCGGCCACCGCCCAACCAUGGAACCGGACAACAGCCCUAGGAAGAUCCAGUUCACGGUCCCGCUGCUGGAGCCGCACCUUGACCCCGAGGCGGCGGAGCAGAUUCGGAGGCGUCGGCCCACCCCUGCUACGCUCGUGCUGACCAGUGACCAGUCAUCCCCAGAGAUAGAUGAAGACCGGAUCCCCAACCCCCUUCUCAAGGUGAGCUGGCCCCUCCCACUCAGCCCAGCCCAGGGAACCCACAGACUCAAUAAGGGAUUAUUCCUCAGAACACUCCAUCUGCAGAAACAGGAGGCUCUGGGCAGUCGUGUCCAAUGUUCCCUCCCUUUCUCUGCAUCCCCAGAGCUUCAGAUGAUGGUUGAACAUCACCUGGGGCAACAGCAGCAGGGAGAGGAGCCUGAGGGAGCCGCUGAGAGCAAAGAGACCCAGGAGACCUGCCCACCUGAGACCACAGACACAGAAGCGGAGUCAAGACUGGGCGCCUCUGGGAAAGCACAAAAGCUUGCAGAAUCCACCCCAAAAACUCAGGAGAGGGGCAGUGAGAAACCCAGCACAGAAGAACUCUCAACCCAUAUACCACCACUGGGUUCCCAGGGAGCCAACUCGCAGGUCUGAGAGUGAAGGAGAGAUCCUGGGUACAAGCCUGCAGCUGGGAGUGCGUGGACACUGGAUUUGUUUCUUAUUUCUUCACUUUGGGGAAAAUCUCUUCUUUUUAAAAAGUCAUAAAUUUGGUGUUAGAUCCUU